GGAAGCCCUAGAGUUUCGGAGGGAAGGAGGGGAGCAGACGGGCGCCAUGCUGCGGCUGGUCGUGGAGUCAGCCAAGAUCGAGCCGCCCCUGAGCCCCCCACCCAGACCCUGCCUGACCGUCUACUUCAGAGAUGUCAAGAAGAGAACGCGCGUCACAGAAGGGAAUCACCCCACAUGGAACGAGACUCUCAUCUGGCACCUCUGGAGCCGCCCCCUGGAAAAUGACUCCUUCCUGCAACUCAUCCUUCGGGACAUGGGCUCAAAAAAGAAAGAAAGGUUCAUUGGCCUGGCCACAGUCCUGCUCAAGCCAUUGGUGAAAAAGCCCAGGGAGGUGCUUUUCGUGAAGGACCUGAAUCUGCUCAACCAUUCCAUGAUGCCCACAGAUUGCACUGUCACCCUCCAGGUGGCACAUGUGAUCCACUGGGACACUCAGAAGACAGGUGGUGAAGACCCCCUGGGCAUGACCACAUGGGAAGCGGCCCAGCAGAAGCUCCUGGUCCCCAGCUCUGCAGGGAUGCACAGGGCUCUGUCCUCCAAGCCUCAGCACUUUCAGGUUCAGGUGAAGGUGUUUGAAGCCCGACAGCUCAUGGGCAACAACAUCCAUCCACUGGUGAAGGUGACCAUUGCAGGCCAGCAGCACCACACCCGGAUCAAGAUGGGAAACAACCCUUUUUUCAAUGAGAUUUUCUUCCAGAAUUUCCAUGAGGUUCCUGCGAAGUUCUUUGAUGAGAUCAUCUUAGUCCAGGUGUUGAACUCCUCUGUCAUGAGAUCCAAAGCAGAGAUCGGGAGAUUCCAGACAGACAUCGGGUUUGUCUACCACUCUCCAGGCCACACCCUCCUGAGGAAAUGGCUGGGCCUCUGCCAGCCAAAUGUACCCGGAAGCGGGGUGAGAGGCUACCUGAAAGUCACCAUCUGUGCCCUUGGUGUGGGAGACCAGGCUCUGGUGGAUCAGAAGCUGCUGUACAGGGACGACACGGAUAUUGAGGUCUUCAAGUCCACGGCUGUCCCGAUGGCCACAGCUUACCUGCAGCUCUUCAUCUACUGUGCCGAGGACCUGCACCUCAGGAGAUACCAGCCAGCCAGCCCCGUGUUAGAGGUGGAGCUCAUCGGGGAGAAGCUCAGGACAAAAGUGCAACACCAAACCGACAACCCCAUAUGGAACCAGAUCCUGACCUUCCAGAUCCAGCUGCCCUUCCUCUCCAGCUACAUCAAGUUCCGAGCCCUGGACUGCGCCACGAGCAACUGCCAGGAUGAGAUCGGCACGGCCAGCCUGUCGCUCAGCCACAUCUCCUCCACCGGAGAAGAGAUCGAAGGCAAGCCAAGCGGCCCGCCUCCCGCCUCCCCGGCGCUGGCCCAGCCCUGCCCUCUUACAGCUUUCCUUGCAGGCCUCUACUCGGGCUUCCUGCCCUGCUUCGGCCCCAGCUUCCUACCUCUCCACGGGGGUCCCCAGGCUCCGUCCAGGAUCCAGGAAGAAGCCGGUAGUACUCCUGGCGCUCCUGGGGACGGUUUGUCUUAUCGAGGUCGAGUCCUCCUGGAGUUAAUCACCCAAAUCAAGUCCCAUCAAGACAGUAUGAUAAAGGAUCUCUCCCAAGAAGUGGCCCGGAUCGAGAAACACCAGAACCGCCAAAAGUAUGGGCUGUGUGUCGUCUUCCUGUCCUGUACCAUGAUGCCCAACUUUAAAGACUUCAUCCAGUUCGAGGUCAGCAUUGGCCACUACGGAAACAAGAUGGACCUGAAUUACAAGCCUCUGGUGUCCACCACACAGUACAGUCCCGUGAUAUACGAUGGCAACAUCUACCACUACAUCCCCUGGUACAACACCAAGCCGGUGGUGGCCGUGACAUCCAGCUGGGAGGACGUCAGCUUCCGUAUGCACGGCCUCAAUCUGCUCCAGUUCGCCAGGGACCGCCUGAAAGCCAAUUUGGACACCCUGAAGUCCAUUCGGAACCCGAGGGACCCUGCCCUGCUUCCGCAGUGGGAGAAGCUGCGGCGGGACUUUGUGAAGGACUGCAGGCGCCCUCUGCCCUGCAUGACGGGUCAGCCCAAAGCCACCAACCUGGACAGGAAGAGGUGGCAGCUCCGCAGCCUCCUUCUGCAAGAGCUGGCACAGAGGGCCAAGGAAGCCAAGCCCAGGGACAUGGUGGCCACAGUGGAGGGCUGGCUGCGUCGCCUCAAUGCUGUGCUGCCCGAGCCCCAGGUGAGCCUCCCCGAUGUGAUGAUCUGGCUGAUAGCCGAGGAGCAGCGUGUGGCCUUCGCCCGGGUGCCCGCACACACUGUCAUCUUCUCCCCGGAGGGGCCUUUGUACUCUGGCAAGUUCUGUGGGAAGAUCCAGACCCUUCUGCUGCAGUACCCGGAGGGUGAAGGACAGCAGGACGGGCCCCUGGCCCACCUCCGGGUCUGCAUGUGGUUUGGCAACAUCACUGACAGCAAGGACCUGCAGCUGCUCCGCCAGGGCGACAUGGUGGUGUACGCAGAGACGUAUGAGAAUCAGGCCAAGUACAAAGACCAGUGGGGACAGCAGGGGCUCUAUCACUGCCCCCACUUCUCAGACGUCAUGGGGCACAAGGCGCUCCCCAAGUCGGAGUUCAAGGAGCCCCCAGGGUGGCACUGGCAGGACAGAUGGAUAGUGGAGCCUCAGAGGAGAUUCCUCUUGGACAUAGACGUCAACAAGAGCCAGGUGCUGGAGGAGGUGUACGAGAACCAGGAACGCAACGUCACAGGCACCUGGGUGCCCUCAGCCACCCCAAACACUGAUGUGAAUGGACAGCCGGUGAAGGCCCGGGACAAUGUGACAUGCCCGCAGGGCUGGCAUUUUAAGAAGAAGUGGGCUGUGGAGCUCAAUCGUGCGGUGGACAGUGAGGGCUGGGAGUACGGCGUGGGGAUCCCACCAUCGGGGCUGCCCCGGGUGUGGACCUCGGUGGAAAAGAACUACCACUCGCGUCGCCGGCGUCACUGGGUGCGCAUGCGCUUCCGGAACCACGGGGAGCUGGGCCGCGAGGAGCAGACCGUGUCCUUCCUGCAGAUGCAGGGCCUGGCCCGUGAGGGAGAGGAAGGCUGGGAGUACGGCAGCUUGGGCUCCACGUUCCACCUGGACCCGCAGCCUCAGAGCCGCUUCCGCCGCCGCUGCUGGCACCGCAGGCUGGCCCCCAACAAGAACACAGAAGUGGCGCCCAUAUUCCUCCUGGAGGGCUCCUUGGAAGAGAGCAAUGCGUGGUCCUCGGCUCAGGUCAGGGACUCCUGGCAGCCUGCCCGGGAGGACCAGCAGCUCCCCAACAUGCCCUUCAUCUACUGCACCCUUGACAAGCCCUGCUACUACCAGCUCUUCUGCUACAUCUACCAGGCCCGGAAUCUAAUACCCAACCAGAUCCUCGUGUUCCAGGAGCCCUUUGUGCGCGUGGUCUUCCUCAACUACAGCCAGUGCACCCAGCACCUGCCGAGCUCUUCAGCGCCCACGUGGGCCCAGACGCUGAUCUUCCAGCACCUCCUGCUGCACGAGAGCCCCCAGGACACCCAGGAGAGCCCCCCACUUGUGGUGCUAGAGCUGUGGCAGCGCGAUGCGCAGGGAAAAGAGAGCUUGUGGGGACGGAGUAUGUGGCCUCCGGUGGUCUGGCUGGACCUCCGGCAUUGGAUGCUGCCGCCCCUAAGGUGGCACCCGCUUGUGAAAGAGCUGCGGGAGGAAGCGGGCGAGAUCUUGGCAGCCUGUGAGCUGAUCCUUGAGACAGAGAAGCUGAGGGAGAAGCACCUGCCCCUCCUAAGUGUUCCCUGGAAAGACGGGAUCUACAUGCUGCCCAAGAGCAUCCAGCCCACCAUGAGGAAGACGGCCAUUGAGAUCCUGGCCUGGGGCCUCCGAAACAUGAAGCAAGCGCGCCACCCGCAGCUGCUGGUGGAGUGUGGGGGCGAGUCCCUAAGAACAGAGCCCAUCAGGGACUUCCCAACCAACCCCAACUUCCCUGAGUCCGCACUGAUACUCACGGUGUUCAUGCCCAAGGAGGAGGCCUACGUGCAGCCCCUGCAGCUGAAGGUGCUGGACAACCAGGACUUUGGGCGGCAGACUGUGGUGGGCCACGCCAGCGUCGACUUCCUGCGGCCCUACUUCUGCGACCCCUGGGCGCGGGACUACCUGCCCCCACAGCUCCCAACGCUGUCUGUGAAGAAGCACCAGAAGGUCCUAGGGUUCUUCUACCAGAAGUUCUGGUUCAAGUCCAGCAAAGCUGAGGACGAGUAUGAGCAUGACGCGGACUGGUGGAGCAAGCUCUUCUGGGCCACAGGGGAUGACAAGUCCCCAAAGUACAAGUACCAAGACUACCACACCCUGAAGGUGUACAACUGUGAGCUGGAGGCGGUGCCAGCCUUCCAGGGCCUGCAGGACUUUUGCCAGACCUUCAAGCUUUACCAGGAGGAGCCCAAGGUGGACAGCCCUGUGGUAGGGGAGUUCAAGGGUCUCUUCCGCAUCUACCCUUUUCCUGAGAAUCCAGAAGCCCCCAAGCCCCCGCGCCAGUUCUUGGCUUGGCCAGAGAGAGAAGACUUGCCCCAGCUGUGCCUAGUGAGGGUGUACGUGGUUCGAGCCAUCAACCUGCAACCCCAGGACUACAACGGCCUGUGUGACCCUUAUGUGAUCCUGAAGCUGGGCUCCACGAAGCUUGGCAGCCGGGACGCGUACAAGCCCAACACUGUGGACCCCAUCUUUGGCACGAUGUUCGAGCUCACCUGUACCAUCCCCCUGGAGAAGGACCUGCAGAUCCAGCUACUCGACUUUGACCUGUUUUCCCUUGAUGAUGAGAUUGGAACCACAGUCAUUGACCUUGAGAACCGACUCCUGUCUGGUUUUGGAGCUCGCUGUGGGCUCUCCAAGUCCUACUGCCAGUCAGGGCCCUUUAGGUGGCGGGACCAGAUGCCCCCGAGCUACCUCUUGGAGCGCUAUGCCAAGCGCAAAGGGCUGCCUCGUCCAGUGUUUGACCCCGAGGGAGACUCUGUUCUAUACAGGGGGAAGAAAUUCAAUCUGCAAAACUUUGAGCCCAAAGCCCCAACCGCGCCGGAUCUGGGCCCUAAGAAGGAGCGGCUGGCGCUGUACAUCCUGCACACCCAGGGGCUGGUGCCCGAGCACGUGGAGACACGCACACUGUACAGUGACAGCCUGCCGGGCAUGGACCAGGGAAAGGUGCAAAUGUGGGUGGACAUCUUCCCCCAGAAGCUGGGGCCACCUGGCCCCCCUGUCAAAAUCAGCACCAGGAAGCCUAAGAGAGCCUCAGAGCACAGUGGCUGUAGGUAUGAGCUGCGCUGCAUCGUCUGGAAAACCGCGCAUGUGGACCUGGUGGACGAGGCGCUCAGCAGAGAGAAGAUGAGCGACAUCUACGUCAAAGGGUGGCUGUUCGGGCUAGAGAAGAACAUGCAGCAGACAGAUGUCCACUACCACUCCCUGACCGGGGAGGCCAUUUUCAACUGGCGGUUCAUCUUCACCAUGGACUACCUGGCAGCAGAGCGCAUGUGCAUCGAGAGCCAGAAGGAUUAUGUAUGGAGCCUGGACCCUACGUCCACCAAGUUCCCAGCCCGGCUCAUCAUCCAGAUCUGGGACAACGACACCUUCACCAGUGAUGACUUCCUGGGGGUCCUGGAGCUGGACCUGUCAGACAUGCCCCGUCCAGCCCGGCAUGCCAAGCAGUGCUCCCUCCAGAUGCUGGACAGUGAGCCCAAGUGGCCCUACUUCGUCCCACAUGAGCGCUUCUCCCUCUUUAAGAAGAAAACUGUAACUGGCUGGUGGCCCUGCCAGGUCCAGGAAGGUGACAAGCAGCGCCUAUCGGGCAAGGUGAAGAUGACGCUGGAGGUCCUAUUGGAGAAGGAAGCCUUGGCUAGGCCAGCAGGGCGAGGCCAGUCGGAGCCCAACCAGUAUCCCACACUGUACCCUCCCCUACGUGCGAGCAGUUCCUUCAUGUGGCUGCGGUCUCCUCGAUACCUGUGCUUCGGUCUCUGCAGACGCUACCGCUGCAAAAUCCUAAGCUUCUUAGCCUUGCUGGUCGUAGCAUUUAUGCUGUUCAAAUUUAUCUACUCAGCUCCGAACUACUUGGCCUUGAACUUGAUCCGCCCUGGACUCCGGAUGCAGCCUCCCAUUAAAAUAUACAACCUCAUCACUUGGCCCACUGUCAGCAAUGCUAGUCCUUCCCCCACGGUCAGCAGUGCUAGUCCUUCCCCCCUGACCACCCCGGCUCCAAGCCUACAGGUUGUGACAGACCACCAGCAGCCAUUCCUCCAGGUACCGAGUCAGCGCCUGGGUGACAUCUUCCCAGAACUUCUGGCUCCCCAAGACUGAUUCUGCCUGGCCUCCUGCCUGCUGUCAGCCAUCCACCCCUGGGCUUCCCGUAGCACCGAUUCUGUCUUAAAGGACAUACACAAGGGAUGAGGUGUAUUCUGCCUAUUGUGUCCACCAAGAGUAGCAGAGCUAUAAUUUCCCACUGAAAAUAAACACAUUUUGUAGCAGA